AUGAGUGUGGACCAAGAAAAAGUGGAUAAGAUUCGUACCUUCGCCGACAGGGGACACAAUCUCGAGAAACAGUAUACGGAGAAUCCUCCCAGUCUAGACGCGAUUCAGCACUACAACCGAAGGCUAGACGACACAAUCCGUUCCCUACAAGAUCAUGUCAAGCGACAAGAAGAUACUCUUCGAAAGUUACGUGCCUCGAAGCAAGGAUUAGAUAUCUCAGGCCAGGGAACUGAGCCAACAAAGAGAUUGGCACAGGUUCGGCGGGUAAAGAAGGCAUACGACUCUCUAUUACAAUCUGAGCCAGACCUACCUGCACCAGACUCUCCAUUACCAUGCCUGAUCGCUUUGCGGGAAACUUCUCGCGUAAUCCAAGAGAACAAAGCCUCAAUUUCCAGUCUACGGAAAUCUUUGCCGUCAAGCCGACAACAACUCAAGGACGAGCAAGAAGAUCUUGAAGAUGCAAAAAUCAUCCACGAUGGUCUCAGAACACGCAUCCAACGGACCAAAAGGGAGCAGUCCGAAAACUCAACCAAGAGCCCGUCCGAGCUGGCGGAUGAAUUUCUCAACGCGGAACGCAAGAAGAUGCGUGCAUUGAAGACUUCAUCAUCAAAGCUGAGAAAGGAUCUAGAUCAAUUCAUAGACGAUCAUCUAGCGUCGCAACUAGCAGCAGAAGACCUUGGUGGUCCUGUUGUGGGUGAUAUUAUGGAAAUUCCCGAUUCUACUUUGGAGGCAGGGUAUACAGCACAUGGUAAACCAAAGAAACCAAAAUCGACUACGACGAGGGAUAUGGACGAGGACGAUCCAAGACAACAGCGUAUAGAUAAUCUCCUUCGACGGCAGCGGGGAGACGACGACGACGUAUCUAAUGCACGUCCGACGAAUAAAAGGGAGGCUGCGGCGGUAGCAAUGCACGAAUUGGUGAACUCUUUACUAGAGUCUGGAACGUCUUAUGUGGAAUUGUCACGCGAGUCGGCGGCUUCGAGGUUUCUGGUCCGAGCUAAAGUGGCGCAACUUCAUCCGCGUGAUGCACGAAAAAUUCGAUUGAUUGAUUUUGGACGCUCGUUUGAGGAUUAG